ACCUCCCCUUCCAAUUUGAAAAUCCGAGAAGUGAGAAGCGAGGACUACUCCCUCCAUGGCUUCAGUCAGAGAGUAGAAGCCUCGCCCUUGAAUGCCAGCGCAAGAUUUCCACGCUCAGACGACUCCUCUAUCCCCAACAUCCGGCAACAACGAAGGGUAUAUCACACGAGUUGCCACUGCCCUCCCCUUCAGCUCCGCCGUUUUACGCGACAAGUGGGCGUCGUUUGAUUCGUUUCCAUUUGAUUCCUCCGUUCGAAACGGUGUCGUUUUGGGCAUGGCAUAUCUUUAAGCUUUCUUGCCGAUAUCGCCAGGAUCUCUUAUCUACUGAGCCAAUUUUCAACUUUAUCUUGGAUCUAUAGCUGCUCUCUGUUUCGGAUUUGUUGAAGCAAAUGGUGUUUUUGAUGGGCGAAUGAUUGUUUUCUGCAGAAAAGGGAAAAAAAGUUCUUAGUUAUUGCUUUAUGAAUUGAUUUUUGUUCGUUUUGAAAUAAAAAUUUCUGUCAAAAAAGCAACUUCCAGAAAUCGUAGAAACAGUAUUUUGAGUUUUAGUUGGGAGAUUCGAUGAUGGGUUCGAAGCUUUAAGGUCCAAGGAAUAGUUAAUGCCUGUGUCAGUACUGGGAGAGCAACCGGAAAGGAAUCUGAGGAUGGUGAUGAAGGAGAAGGAUGAGGAGCUCUUGUUGUUCCUUGAGAUGCGGAGACGCGAAAAGGAGAAGAAUGAUAGUCUCCUUCUUGAAAGCCCUGAUGCUCCAUUUGGGUCCAAACCAGAUGUCUCUCCUAUAUCCAAGAUAGUGUCAUCUAUGCCUGUGCGCAAAACUGGUCCCGAUGAGUUCCUGGAUUCCGAAAACGACAGAACCGAUUACGAUUGGCUUCUCACACCACCUGGUACCCCACUUUUUCCUUCUUUGGAGAUGGAAUCACAGAAAACUGUAAUGAAUCAGAUUGAGGUUUCAAAUGCUCGUCCUGCUACUCUGAAAUCUAGGCUACCCAACCUCCAGCCACAACCUGCUUCAAGGAGUAAUGAUGCAGCUAGGCAACCAGCUAUGUCCUCUGGACUGAACUCCUCUCAUACUGGAAAUAGAAGACCGUUGUCAUCAGGAGGCCCAAAAUCAACGGCAAGUAGGCCUGCUACGCCAACUGGAAGGCCCACUUUACCAGCAACAUCAAAGUCCUCAAGACCUUCUACACCUACUUCACGGGCCACAUUACCUUCUACAAAGCUCACAGCUCCUCCUGUGAGAUCCUCCACGCCUACUAGAUCUACUGCACGUUCUUCUACACCAACUACCAGACCAUCCGUCACAGCCUCCAAAUCAACAUCAAGAUCAGCAACGCCAUCCCGUCGAUCAUCAACCCCAACCCCGUCGAGUGCAACUAGGGCAUCUGCCCCUCCUGCUCGGUCUUCUUCAGUGGCAAAGUCAGGUCCCACAGCAGCUGCUCCUCCAGGUCGUUCUUCUUCAGUGGUAAAGUCAGGUCCCACAGCAUCAAAAAGCACAGUGCCAUCACGUGGCAGUUCUCCUAUUGUGAAGUCUAGGCCACAGAAACCCUCUGAGAAACCUGGUUUCUCACUUGAUGCUCCUCCAAAUUUAAAGACAUCAAUGCCAGAAAGGCCAGCUUCUGCAUCUAGGGGUAGGGCAGGAGCAGCCAGUGGUAGAUCUACUUCUACUGAAGCUGGUUCUGAUGCAAGAUUAAGACGACAAUCAUGCUCUCCUUCUAGGGGACGGGGUUCACUUGGUAGUUCCUCUAGUAAUGGGAACUCCAUCCCUGCCAUGAGACGAGCACAUUCCAAUGGCAGUGACAAUGUGAGUCCAGUCCUUAUUGGGACAAAGAUGGUUGAAAGAGUGGUAAAUAUGAGGAAAUUGGCACCGCCUAAGCAAGAUGAUCAUCGCUCUGCUCAUCCAGCUGGGAAGUCCUCUUCAGCUCCAGACAGCUCCGGCUUUGGAAGAACCCUCUCAAAGAAAUCUUUAGACAUGGCUUUGAGGCAUAUGGAUAUAAGACGAAGCAUUCAGGGCAAUCUCCGCCCACUAAUGACAAAUAUUCCAGCUUCCUCUAUGUACAGUGUGAGAUCAGGGCCCACAAAGAGCAGCACAGCUAGUGUUUCAGGCUCUCCUCUUGCUACAAGCAGCAUUACGAGUUCUGAGCCAAGUGUCAAUGAAAACUCCCAUUGUUUUUAUGGGAGUGAAAUAGAAGAUGAUGAACUUGGAAGUGACAGAGGACACUCUUCCCCGGCCAGCCGGCAAGGUGGGUGACCCAUGGGACCUUUGGCCAAAAAUUUAAAUUGGUUCUGCAUGCUGUUGUUGUUCCUGCCUUUUUCUAUUUUUGUAUGGAAGGCAGCUGGCAAGGUAUUGAAGAGACAAACUGUACCUACAAAGGCGCUGAAGGUACCAAGGCGUCCAAUGUUUCUAUAAAAUCUCAGCAAGGCUGCAGCUGCAUAUGAUAUUUAUGCAAUAUCCUUUGUUAUGUCUGUGGAACAGCCAAUUAGGUAUUUCUUGAAUUAUUUUUCUGGGUCACCUUUUGUAGUGUUCUUGAUUAGAACCUAUCUAGAAUGCUAUCGCUUAAAACUUAAUUGAUUAUAUUUUCCA